AUGGACCAUCUAAAGUACAUGAUGGAGUCGAUUGCUCAGAAUAGAAGAAUGGCCCGAUGGCAAAUUCUACUUUCCGAAUUUGACAUAGUCUAUGUAAACCAGAAGGCAGUAAAAGGGAGUGCAAUAGCAGAUUUUCUAGCCAGUAGGGCUCUAGAAGAUUACGAGCCAUUAAACUAUGAUUUUCCAAAUGAAAAUCUGAUGUAUGUUGCAACCACUGAAGAAGAGGCUCAAGAAGGACAUCCUUGGAAACUAAAAUUUGAUGGGGCCUCCAACGCUAUGGGUAACGGAAUUAGAGCAGUCCUGGUAUCCCCAAACAGAUAUCAUUAUCCAUUUAUUAGCAAAUUGGAUUUUGAUUGCAUAAAUAAUAUGACAGAAUACAAAGCUUGCAUCAUGGGUAUCCGUGUGGCCAUAGAACAUAAGAUCAAAGUACUAGAGGAGUUUGACGGCAUCACCUUCUGUUAUCUCCCGCGAGAUGAAAAUCAUAUGGCUGACACCCUGGCUUCUUUAGCUUCCAUGGUCAAGAUGAACAAACAGGAAGAUGUAAAACCUAUCCAGAUGAUUAUUUAUGAGGCUCCGGCUCAUUGUUACAACAUUGAAGAAGAAGAAAAGGAUGGUAACGAUUGGUACCAUGAUAUACUGCGGUAUGUGAAGAAUCGUGAAUACCCUGACCAAGCAAUUGAGAAUGAUAAAAGGACGUUGAGAAGACUGGCCAGUGACUAUGUCUUAAAUGGGUAG